UUGGUGAAAAGAAUAGUGUGGUCUUUUGUUUUCUGAGAGAAAAAAGAGAGAGCUACGCAGAGCUCAAAAUUGGCAGAGAGUUGAGAGCACAGAGGGUGCACCAGAAAAACAGAGAAGGAGCGGAUGAGUAAGAGGAUGAAUGGGGGUGAGGGUGAGGGUGGUGAACGGAUCAGCCUUUUCGACAGGUCUCAAAACGAAAUCAUGAAGCUCAUUUUUGCAGUGAAUUACCGUGUUCCUGAUGAGGGCCAUGCCAGCUUUGAUGUUCAUGCUAUUUUCUCGACUAGUCAGAAAAUCAUUAAGGAUUCGGCCAACAUCAUUCACAAUAUUAAUGAGCAGGGCAGCGGAUUUAAUGAUGUUGAAACACCCAAAGCCAGCUCCAGCUUGUGCACUCUUAUUAAGGAGAAAUUUUUAAAUGUGACGGGAACACGAUUCGGUACCUCAAGUAUCAUAAUACGAGUGGUUGGAAAUUGGAUAAAAAAAAAUUUCAACAACUUGUUUUAUGACACUCGGUGUACCGACCCAUAUUCCCGGCACUUUGAAAAAUCUCUUCUUAUUAUUAACUCCUUUGGCUGCAAGAUGUCGUGUAAGAGUUCAGGUGAUGAAACUUCCUUUGAAUCACGUACGGAAGAAAUACUUACAAAACUAUCGAGUUAUCCAUGUGAAGUACAGGUAGUAUUGGCCCUGGCAGUUUUUGCUUUGGAAUAUGAAGAAUGUUCCAGUCAACUUUCCAAGAAAUCGACAACGCUGAAACGCCAAGAUGCAGUAGUCGAGCUUAACAAUCUGGUCAACCAAGCGUUACAAGUGAUUGAGCACAUCCUUGAGUUGGAGAAACUAGUUUCUUAUGAUCGAGACAGUGAACCAAAAUUGGCGAGGGUAAUUAUGGAUACCCCAUUUAAUGCCUACUGGUCAAUCAUAACUCUUGUAGCUUGCGCAACUGAGCUCUUUUUUCUUACCGGUGAUGAGGACAUUAAGUCAUAUGAUCUAUCCCAUUUUUCUCACAAAAUGAGCUUCAUCCUCAACAAGCUUGAGGGACAGCUUACAAUCUGCCAACAAGAAAAUGAGGAGGCAAAGGCCAAGGCCGAGGAAAAGUUUUGGGAACAAAUACGCACUGCUUCUGGAAUUACCGAGGUUUUCCGAAGGCUGGUUCUUUUCAAGCAUAAAGGGUAUCCGCAGCCUCGCAUCAGUGUUGAUCCCGCUAACACGGAGGUUUUUAACAUUAAUGUGCUAGAGUGGGUGUUAUUUUACAUUUCAAGCCUGGACAAUGUUUCUGAUCAAGAUAUUUCAUGUCUCAAAGAAGUGUAUGAGGGAAUCCAAAAGUAUAACAAUUGUGUGAUUGUGUGGAUCCCUGUUGUUGAGGACUGGACUGAAGGAGGAGAAGAGCAGUUUAAGGAAUGGAGGUCUAAGAUGCCAUGGUACGCGGUGCAAUAUUUUUCGCCCCUGGCCAGUGGGUACCUUGAGCAGCGGUGGAACUUCGAAGGUAAUCCUAUGGUGGUGGUGAUGAACUGGAAAGGAGAGGUGGCAAACAGCAACAUAAUCGACUUGAUUCGGACACAAGCAACGGAGGCAAUCGCUUUGCUUAACGUUGAAAUAAAACCAAGACUUGUGGCCCAAGCCUGCUUUGGAACGAAUGCUGAAGCUGUGGAGGUGUUGAAGAGCUUAACUUGUCCUCAGCAAAUCACUAAUACUGAUGCGACGCCUGUCCUUCUUGAUGGUUCUAACAAGCAGGUUAAUAUCGACAAUGAGCUGAAGUGGAAAGAUCUGUUUUUGUUACUCUCCGACGUAGGCAUUGAAGAUUGUUACAUUUCAUAUCUCAAACCAGUUUAUGAGGGAAUAAGAAGAUACGAUGGGUAUCGGAUUGUCUGGGUUCCCGUUGUGGAGCAGUGGAACCAAGACAAAGGAAAUCAACUUGAGAUGUCGAGGUUGAAGAUGCCGUGGUACACAUUGAAGUGUUUUUCAACCAUACCAGGCAUCAAGUACAUGAAAAAGAAGUGGAAUUACAAGGGUAAGCCAGCGGUGGUGGUGAUGACCUUUACAGGCAUGGUGAAAAAUGAAAAUGCUUUCCCCUUGAUUAAGAAACAUGGAAUGGACGCCUUUCCUUUCUUUAAGUAAGGUGCAAUGGACGCCUUUCCUUUCUUUAAAUGAGUUAUAUAAUAUCAUUACUACGGUGGCUACACCGCGUGCCGGUAAACUGUGCAGCUGCCUAUUAUUCCUAAAAUAAGGAGCAGCUUUAUUGUAUCUACCAUCUAUAUCACCGUCCACCCGCAUGAUGUAACCUGUGGUUAUUAAUAUUUGUGAACUUACAUCUAGAUAUUUGCUUGGAUAAUCGGAAUCACUAUUUGAAACGAAUGUUUAGCUUUCA